GAGGGAAAUCUGGAUGGUUGAACUGGGUGCAGGGGGAAAUGACAAAAAAGUUUGGGAACCACUGCCCUAGAUAGAUAGGUAGGUAGGUAUUUCAUUUAUUCCUGGGGGCCCCCUGGUGGCUUGGGGACCCUAGGCAAUCGCCUAAUGCGCCUAUAGCUAGAAACGACCCUGCUCUAAAGGAGAAACUGAUUACUCUCAUUGAAUAUUAAAAACUCCGCCGCACCUCAGCAUGUUGGCUGUCGCUUAGCAACCAUGUGGCAGCGCAUAAACAAACACAUUUCCUUUCGGAUUCUUGUUGCUGCUAGUCGAUGUCGGAAAUCAAAUCGACUUAGAUGCAUGAGUAUCUUUGUCAUUUAUGUGAAAAUCAAAUCAGGUGGUUACCUGACAGCAUUACACGCACACAAGUAAUGGUGCGGUUCCCUGCGGCGUGGUGCUCCUCCAUGCGGCAGUGACAUUCCUGUGUGGGACUCGCCACACACUGGACGACUACAUGCGAUGGGAAGCCGCUUAGGUGACUUACUAUUGCAUAAUUACAUUUCUUGCACUGUGCACAAAAUUCGUUGUAACAAAACAUUGAUAAACUGUAAAAAUACAGUACAUUCAAUGAAGAGGCAAUAGUCAAUGAACAUUUUCUAACACAAGGAGCAAACCAUUAUAUCUAAGCCUCAAGGCUUCUUCACACCUGUAACUUCCUGACAUGCCGUGACUACCGUGUCUUCCUGAGAGGGACCAAGGAGUGAGCUGCCUCCAUGGAUAACAUAAUUCGUGCCAAGUGUCUCGUUCUCGGUGAGUCUGUGUCGGUGACAGCACUGUGGGCAAGACAGCAAUGCUGCACACCUUCAUGACAGAGAACAGCCAGUUUUCAAAGAAUUACAACAUGACUCUUGGGGUGGACAUUGUGACCAAGUUGAUCCGUGUGCCAGACACUCAGGCCAGUGUGGAGAUGUACCUCUAUGACUGCUCUGGUAAAGAGUUCUACAGAGGCCUCGUCAAGAAGAUGAGCAGCCACCCUUCACUCCUGCUGCUGAUGUAUGACGUCACCUCGGAAAACUCUUUCAACUUGCUCAAUGACUUUUAUGAGAUGGUAAAAGCAGAAGCACAAGGAGAGACAUUAAAGGGUGUGCUUUUUGCCAACAAGACAGACCUUGCAGCUCGACGGGUCAUCAGCCCAAAAAUGGGUCGAGAUGCAGCACAGAGAUUUGGACUGCUUUACUUUGAGGGAUCAGCUAAAGAACAACAGGGGAUUGAAGAACCAUUUUUCUUCCUGGUCAAUGAGUGGUUCAAGACUUACACAGACAAGACCCAAGCUCUCAAGGUGCUCACAUGAAAACUUACAAUGAUUAAGGAAGCAAGCAGUGCACAGCAACACCCAAAGGCAGUCACCCUGAGUGCCUUAAGUCUCCUGUUCUGUCAUCCACAACCUUGGCACUAUCACAUGCCAAUACAUCUCACCUUCCAUGGCCACCGACUGUGAAAACUUCACUGUACAUGCACUAAGUUGCUCUCCUGGAGAUAUUUAAGAAGGAAAGAGCAACUAAUAUUUUUGGUGUUACAUAGUAGAUAACUUUAUAGAAUAUAAUUACCCUCUCUCAACUGAAAACUCUAUGGUUAGAUAUCAAUACAACACAAACGUGAGCCAAGUCUGUCAGUCUGUCAAAUGACUCUUUCCACCUGUCUUGUUGUCAAUGCCAUUCAUGAUUAGUCUAAUGUAAAUUAGAUUUCUAUAAUGGCAUAGUAAGUCACAUAUGCAUGCUAGCAUCAUAUUUAAUAAAGUAUGCCUUCAUGUCCUGUUUCAGGUUGCCAUGAAAUCUCCAACCCAUAGCAAUGAAUCUGACUGAUAAUGUUAGUGUGGAGGUGUCCUGUAAUAAUGUGAAGGCAAUGGAUUAAAACAGACAGUUUGGAUAAUUACAGAUCUUAAGAUUUCUGCAGUUUAUUUGUCUUCACUGCAUAUUGUUCCUCUAUACGGUUACCACAUCUAUAAAAAUUGGUCCCACAUAGCAUUGCUCAAGUGACAUUAGUGAGACUAUAAGUGUAACAUCAAAAGCUGCACCUACACAGUAAAAUCUCCCAUGGGACAGUUGUGCUUCUAAUUGUGUUAUGAGAAGCAGAUGAAAUUUAUGAAUCUUGGGGGAAGUCUGCACAAGGUGGAUGAUUCCUGCCACCAAUGAAAAUUAUAAUACUAAAUGAUGCUCAUCUCUGUAUCUGGCUGUAGCAGUACAUUGUCACAAGAACUAUAAUUCAAUUCUGCCUAUUAUUGACUUAACAAUGUUUAAAAAAAAUACUGAACAUUCUCCUCAUGAAUAGAAAAAGUAAUACAUGUUGUGCUAUAUUCAUUAAGACAAUUAGAUCAUGUGUCCCUUUUACCUGCUGGCCUUAAUGAUCAUGGGUCUCACAGGCACUAGUUAAGGGAGGUUCCUGAAGUACAAUGGACUGUUGAUCCCUCAGGUGACAAAUAAAUACUGGUGGUAAUUUUAUUGGAUUCCCUAUUUGAUGUAGUUAUAUGUACCACAUGUGGUACCCAUCCCUGCAGGAAUGAAGUUCAUACACAUAAGAUCUUAACUUGCUCCUAACAGAGUCAGGAGCAUUUGUUGUUCAAGUAUAGGUUACCAUCACUAAUUCAGCCUCACUGGAAUUUGUAGGAUGCUGGCUUUGUGAUUUUACAAGACUAGAGAGGGUAGGUUUGAGUACACUUAACUUAACAGUUAACCACCUCAUCCUAUUUUUAAAAUACAGGCAACCCCCAAUUAACGAAAGUUCACACAACAAAAUUUUGCAACAACGAACGUUUCCUUUUACUACCAUCUGCUCGUAUAAAGAACACCAAACUCGCUUUAACAAAAUUUUAUCCAGGUAAUUUUUUCCAAGUUUGAAAGCCCCGCUGUAUCACGCAAGCCGACAGGCUUUCGAAUAUACCAGUGCCUCUCAUGGACGAAAUGUGCACCACUCACUCCCCUACCCUUCCCCGCUUUUAGUUCAAAGCAAUAACAGUGUCCAGCAGCAGCUCAUCUUCCCUCGCUCAACAUGCCACCAAAACGUCCUGCAACCAGCCCAGCAAUGUCGCCAAGCAUUGCUAAGAAGACCAGGAAGUCUCUUACUCUUGAAGAGAAACUGGAUAUUAUUCACAGAUACGAGAGAGGCGAGAAAACUAAUAGCAUUGCUCACCACCAUGGCUUGACUCCAUCUACUGUCUACACUAUUUUCAAGUCAGCAGACUCUAUUAAGAAGGCUGGUGAGACUGUAUCUUCUUUGCAAG